AUGGACGUGACCAGGCCGGAUAUUGAAUGCGCGGGUGAGGUCUGUCGCGCCUCGCCCGAGGAGCAUCGUGCUCAUGAAGAGAUGUCGGAUCACAGCCAUAUAAGUGAUGAAUCCCCUCAAACAGCACCGGAUAUUUUGUCCGAGAAACCGGCUGAAAAUGAUCGCGAGGCCGAAGAAGAAGAGGAGGCUGAUGGAGCAGCCGAAGCUCCGUACAGUGUCCUUCCAUCCGGGGAGAAAGCCUUUGUGAUCAUCAUGGGGUCUUUUGCAGCUCUGAUUUCCCCACUCUCGAGCAGCGCGUAUCUGCCAGCGCUGAAUACUCUUGCUCGGGAUAUGCAUGUCUCGGUGUCGCUCAUCAAUCUCACCAUCACAACGUACCUGAUCUUCCAAGGAUUGUCCCCAUCAUUUGUCGGAAGCUUCUCCGAUGGACAUGGCCGACGUCCUGCAUACAUUGUCUCCUUCAUUAUCUACCUCGGGGCCAACAUCGGUCUUGCACUUCAGAACAGCUAUUCGGCACUGAUGGUCUUGCGUUGCCUUCAAUCGGCUGGAAGUAGUGGCACCAUCGCUUUGGGCAGUGCUGUGGUUGCUGACUUGACGACACGAGCGGAGCGUGGGAAGUACAUUGGAUAUGCCAGCAUGGGCAUUUCCCUGGGUCCUGCUCUCGGACCUAUUGUCGGUGGACUCUUGGAUCAUUUUCUCGGAUGGAGGUCCAUUUUCUGGUUUCUUGUCAUUCUUUCGGGCGUCUUAUUCAUCGUCAUUCUCAUGGUUCUCCCCGAGACCUGUCGGGCUGUGGUAGGGAAUGGGUCUAUUGUUCCACCCUCAUGGAAUCGCCCUCUUUGGACUCUUUGCACACCCAAAUCGCGAUUUCGGCGAGACGAGAAGUCCCCGGACUUGACAACAAUCCAAAAGCCCAAACGACGACCGAAUCCAAUCUCUUCACUACUGAUUCUCGCUCAAAAGGAAGCCGGAAUGAUCUUGCUGUACGGCGGCCUGCUCUUCUCUGGUUAUCAGGCUGUCCUCAGUACGCUCUCAACCCAGCUGAGUAGUCGUUUUGGAUUCAACUCGAUUCAAAUCGGGUUGUGCUAUCUUCCAAUAGGGCUUGGAAGUAUCAGCUCCCGCUGGACCGUUGGAACCUUGCUUGAUUGGAACUUUCGACGAGAAGCACGUCUUCAGGGUAUGGUGAUCCACAAGAAUCGACAGCAGGACAUUGCGAAUUUCAAUAUCGAACGAGCUCGGCUGGCAGUUGCUUUGCCCAUGAUCUAUUUGGGGGCGCUCUCCAUCCUCGCUUAUGGCUGGGUAAUGCAAUAUCGCACGUCUCUCGCCGGCCCCAUUAUCAUGCUGUACUUCAUGGGUCUCACCACCAGUGGCUCCUUCAAUACGCUGAACACGCUGGUGGUGGACGUGAACCAUCAGAGCGCCGCCACAGCCGUGGCUGCUAGUAACCUUUGUCGGUGCUUGAUGGGCGCCGGUACGACGGCGUUUGUGGGCCCACUGAUUGAGGCGAUUGGUAUCGGAUGGACUGGUACCAUUGUGGCCGUUCUUUGGGCCCUAUUCAGUCCCCUGCUGUGGCUUGUGUUUCUGCGCGGUCAUUCAUGGAGGCAAAUGAAGGCCCGCCGAGAGCAGCAGAAACUGGAAAGCUCGGUCCAGGACCCGCAAGGCAAACCUGAUGUUGAACGGGGCAGUGGGGGAGGGCAGUCAUAG